GCUCGUUGACCUUUUGUGUGUGCAAAUUAUGAUAUUUUUGCAUAAUAUGUUUGCGACCAGCCCAGUUCAGCCGAGAGCAAAAAGAUAAAAUGAAAUAAAAUGAGAUCAUGAUAACGUGAGAUGCUAUUUAUAAGCACCUAAACAAGAAAGCAAAAAUCCCGAGACCCAUAAUAAAGUGGCAAAAUAGUAAAUGAAACGAAAUGAAAGUGAAACCAAUCAUGGUGCUUACAAAAUACAUUAGAUAAAUUAUGUUAAAGUCCACCCAUAGUGACCAGUCUGUAAAAAAAGCUAUUGAUCACUAAACUCAAGCAAAAUAACAAGUGGCUGCCAAAACAAUCUAAUCAGUAGAUAUAACCGUGUACCAUAAGAGGUAUCGCAUAUUACGGAUAUUUUAUCAGUUUGCUGGCUUAUCUGUAACUUAGCGUACAAAGUUGUGCUCUUGAGUUUCGGGAACUGGUCGCUUGGAAUUAAACUUGGAAUCGCACUUGGACAAUGAUGCCGCAUCUGAAGUCGUCCGCUGUUGCUGGUGCGGCUGCUGGUUCCCAUCUGAUUUGAUUUGGUGCCACUUGCCAGGCGAUCUCGUUGCUAUAUAGCUAUAUAGUUGGCCAGAAGAAGUAGUUGCUGCUGCUGCUGGCGGAGGGGCAGCGUUACAGUUCGGAAAAUCGGUCAAUGGAAACGGGCUUGUAAGCAGGUGCAAUCGCUGCGAGAGCCACGGAAUAGACCAAACAGCCGGGGAUCGAGAGGCCAGGAGAGCUUGGAGGCGCAGGCAUGUCGCUUAAGAAGGAGACGCCCUCGGAUGUGCAACUGCACAUGGCAGCGAUGAGGGGAGAUGAGGUGGCUCUUCUUCGCGUUCUGGACAGCGGCAAAGUGCACGUCGACUGCAAGGACGAGGAUGGAACCACCCCACUGAUUUUGGCUGCUGCCGGAGGUCACACCUACUGCGUGAUGGAGCUGCUCGAUCAGGGAGCCGAUCCGAACUCGCGUCGCCUCACUGGCACCACGCCCCUUUUCUUUGCCGCCCAAGGCGGACACCUGGACGUGGUGAAGAUACUGAUAAAGGCGGGCGCCAGCGUGGACACGCCCUCCGCGGAUGGAGGCACGCCUCUUUUUGUGGCCUGCCAGGGAGGUCAUGUGAAGAUCGUACGCGAGCUCUUGGAUUGCGGAGCGAAUGUCAAUGCGCACAUGAAGGAUCGGGCAACGCCGGUUUUUAUCUCCGCCCAGAAUGGCCAUCGCACGGUUCUGUCGCUGCUGAUUCAGGCUGGUGCCGAGAUCGAUAUCAAGCGGAUAGACGGCGCCACGCCCCUGUGGAUAGCCGCCCAGAUGGGACAGGAUCACAUCUGCAAGGUGCUGCUCCAGAACGGCGCCAAUGUGGACACCGUGCGUUGCGACGGCGCCACUCCCCUUUUCAAGGCGGCCCACAAGGGCCACGCCGCCGUAAUCACCGUGCUGCUCAAAUACCGCCCUAAUCUCGGCCAGCUGCCCAACGGGGAGUCCGCACUGCACGCCGCCGCCAUGUUUGGCCACAUGACCGUCUGCAAGCAGCUGGUGGCCGCCGGUAGCGAUGUCCUGCUCAAGAACCACGAUGGUCUGACGGCCCUGCAGCUGGCGCACCAGCAGAAGUACACCUCCAUCUGUGAUUAUCUCCAGGAACGCAUUCGGACGAUGGUGGCGCGCAGCGCCAAGGCAAUGGCCACGUCCGGCGUGUCGUCCACGGUCAAGACGAUGUCGGCGUAAGGGGAUAUCGCAGUUGGGAGACGACGACUCCAAAGUACCUUUAUGCACAAUACCCUAAUGUUCCAAAAACGCAAGAGGAUGGAGAAUCGAGUGUUUGGCAAAGGAAUGGGGACUCAGAUUAUUUGGAGUCGAAUUGGAAGCCAGGUGAUUGCGGGUUUGGCUAUAUUCGAAGUACCCCGACUUGAAUUGCUCAGUGAGACACUCACUUCCGCACAAAAAUUAACCAAAAGAUGGAAAAACCACUAGUAAGAACACGUCCAAAAUCAACUUAAUGGCCUCCCCCAAGGAAACCGAACUAUUUAUUAGAUAAGCCGUAUCAUUCAUAUUAAAACCACUCGGAGCUUGUAUUUUGAAUUUAACACUAACCAUAACAAUAACACUAACGUUAAAGAUAACAAUUACUAUAAAAAUGUUAACAUGGACCCGGAAAGAGAAUGUUACACUGUCCCCUGUACAUAACCAUAUAUAUAUAUAUAUAAUUAUAUACCUAUAUUUAAAUAAACCUAAUGCUACUUAUAGACCUACUCUACCCUAAGCAAUUGUUGACGAGUGCUUUAAGUUUAAACGCCUUUUUGUCCUUAAAUUAGCAAUUAGUUAACACCGAUGGUUUUCCGCUUGUUUCUUUGUAAAGUAGGUACGAGAAUUAAUUAAUUUCUUACUUUAUUAACACUUAAGUAUAGUCCACAAUUUUGCAAGUUUAAUAAAUUGACACACGAUUACAAAAGA